AUGAGUGAUAGUAAUCAGAUAAACGAUCCACAAGGUGGUAAUGAACCUUCGUUACCAAUGGAAGUGAUACCUGAUACUCAUGAAGAGUAUAUAGGUGCUGAUUCCGAGUUGACAGACGAUUUACCAGACGAUACGGAGGUAAUAGAUCUAGUUCAUUUGAAGAUUGAAGCAAUGGAAGACUUGAAACUUUACAGAUUUAAAAAGCUAGUUCAAUUGUGCCUCAGACAGAAUUUGAUAGAAAGUAUCAGUGAAGUGGAUUCAUUACCCGUUGAAACGAUUAGGGAUUUAGAUUUCUACGAUAAUCGAAUCAAACACAUCUCAAAAAAUAUCAACAAGUUUGUAAAUUUGGAAAAUCUAGAUCUUUCCUUCAACAAGAUCAAACAUAUCAAGAAUUUGGACAAUUUGGUGAAUCUACAGAACUUGUAUUUUGUUCAAAAUAAAAUAUCGAAAAUUGAAAACUUAUCGACAUUGAAGAAUUUAAAGAAUUUGGAAUUAGGUGGUAAUGAAAUUCGUGAAAUCGAACCUGAUUCUUUCAAAGGGUUGGAGAAUUUACAGGAAAUUUGGUUGGGUAAAAAUUCAAUUCCAAAAUUGAUUAAUUUACACCAUUUAAAAAAUCUAAGAGUUCUCUCUAUUCAAUCUAAUAGAUUGAAAAAAAUUGAGGGUUUAGAAGGAUUGGAAAAUUUAGAGGAAUUGUAUUUAUCCCACAAUUACCUGACCAAAAUUGAAGGCCUGGAAAAUAACAAAAAAUUGACCAUCAUCGACAUCACUUCAAAUGCCAUUACUAAAGUGGAAAAUAUGAAACAUUUGGUACAUUUGACGGAUUUUUGGGCAUCGUUUAAUAAAAUCGAUCAAUCCUUUGAAUCCAUCGGCGAAGAACUGGGUAAACUACCAGAAUUAGACACUGUCUAUCUAGAGGGGAACCCAAUUCAAUUAAAGAAUGAAACUUCAUACAGGAGAAAGUUAGUAAUGAAUUUGGGUCCGUCUUUACAAAAGAUUGAUGCCACGUAUAUUAGAGGAUAA